AUGGACGCAGCAUCGGCGACGAGCUCAGCACCGCCUGCGGUGCUCUCAUACCUCGGUCUCCCUGUGGAUUAUCAGCCCUCCCCAGAUACUCAGCCCCUACAGUUUCUCGCUGCCCAUCUCCGCCAGCUGCCCCCUCAGCUGCUGCCCCAGUUCUCUUCCACGACCACUCCCAAGCAGCGCUCGUCCAUUCCCGCAAUACGAAACAGACGACUGAGGUACACUGCGUCCAACCCCCAGGAACUCAAUUUUGAAUCGGCAAAGGCCAAUUGGCCGACUUUGUGGCCUGGGAGGGAGCGGCCCGGUCAGCAGCGGGGCGACGACGAGCGAGAGUGGGCUGAGAAAUUCUUCCUGGGCAGCAGUCUGAAGCCACACGUCGGCAAGCUGGGCAUGCUGCUCGGAGGCUACGAAGAGGAGCGCGAGGCCGAGCAUGUCAGAUCCCUCCGCCGGGCGCAGGCUGAGGAGCUCGAGUCGCUGCCCGAAGAAGACGAGAGCUCGGACGAGGAGGAGGGAGAGGAGCCGCUGCCGCUGCCCGACGAAGAAGAGCCGUACGAAGACAGUCGGACAUUGUUCCUCCGCAAAAUCAAAGAACGGUUCAUCUACGGACUGCUCGAGUCCGUUGAUUACGAUAAGGUCGACUGGGAUGACUCAUGGGACGCGGACAAUGAUCGGGAUGCGGAGGAGCGUUGGUUCGAUGCCGAAGAGGAAAGUAGCGAGACCCUGCCCAGUCUGUCUGAUCACGCGUAG